CUCGAUCCGUUUAUUAUUUUUUACCUUAUUAACAAUUCGAAAACAGAGUUGUAGUGUGUAGGUACCAGUUGUUUUGUUAUUUGACUGUGUGUUCGUGUUCGACGUUUCAAAGCAAGGCAAACCACUGCAGUAAAAAGAUAAUAGUGUUUUUAACAAAGUUGGCUUUGCAUCUCGCCGUGUUUCGUUGAAAGUAGUGCAUUUAAAGCAACAGUAGACUAGUAUGUUGUAAGCUUUCGCACUGGGUCAUAAUUUAAUGGCAGUUGUGGGCCCUAGUUGCCACCCAAGAGUAUCCAUGUCUAUCUCGAUGAGUCUGAUGCAGGGUACAGUUGGCCCCGCGGCCGGCGGCCAACAGGGCGGCCUGCACGCGGCCCAGCCUUACUACCACCCUGCUCAGCAUGCCGCAGCUCCGGCUCAUACUCAGGAACAAGUACAACCGGACAGACCCAUCGGCUAUGGGGCCUUUGGAGUUGUUUGGGUUGCCCGUAAACCUAGGCUUGCCAUCGAUUACGACCCCUACGCAAAUCGAUAUCAGUACGUCCCUGUAAGGCGUAUAAUACAGGUCGAGGGGGCUGUGACGGACCCUCGGGACGGAAGAAGAGUGGCACUGAAAAAGUUACCCAAUGUGUUCCAAUCCCUCGUCUCCUCCAAAAGGGUGUUUAGAGAAUUAAAAAUGCUGUGCUUUUUCAAACACGAAAACUUAAAAAAAAUCUUAGAUAGACUGCAUCUUGUUGCAACAAAAUGUAAAAAGGAACAAGAAAAUCUUCAAAGGCAUUACGAACGAAGCCAAGCAACAGCAGAACAGCGGCUCCGCGUUUUAAAUUCUUUAUUGCUGAAUAGGAAAAUCGCUGCAGCGAAAAAGUUGACCUUACGCACGCUGGUCAUCGAGAGAAGCAAACUCGUAAAUUCCAAGUUUUACUCUUGCGGAGGCAACGUGGGAUAUGUCAUUACAGAAUUAUUACAAAGUGAUUUACAUAAGAUUAUAGUUUCGCACCAGCCAUUGUCUUCAGAUCAUAUAAAAGUUUUCCUAUAUCAAAUACUUAGAGGUUUAAAAUAUUUGCAUUCAGCUAGGAUAUUACAUAGAGAUAUUAAACCUGGCAACCUAUUAGUUAACAGCAACUGUGUUCUAAAGAUCUGUGAUUUUGGAUUAGCGAGAGUAGAAGAGCCGGACGCGAACAAACACAUGACCCAAGAGGUGGUGACGCAGUAUUACCGCGCGCCCGAAAUCCUAAUGGGCGCCAAACAUUACAACGCGGCGGUGGACGUCUGGUCAGUAGGCUGCAUCUUCGGCGAGCUCCUUGGCCGUCGAAUCCUCUUCCAGGCGCAAAACCCCGUACAACAGGACAAGAGAAUAACGGUCGUGGACGCCCUAGCGCAUCCCUACUUGGACGAAGGUAGAUUAAGGUAUCACUCGUGUAUGUGCAAAUGUUGCUACACGACUGCGAGCGGUAUGAGACAGUACACGCAAGAGUUCGAAAGCCAAGCACCGACGCCUUUCGACGACCAUUGGGAAAAGAAACUCACGUCUGUGCAACAAGUCAAAGCCGAACAGCUGAACACUAGCCGAGUGCCGCUAUGCAUAAACCCGCAAUCGGCGGCAUUCAAGAGUUUCGCCAGUUCGACCGUAGCGCACCCUUCGGAGUUGCCCCCCUCCCCCCACCAAUGGGAUUGACAGUGGGGUGCGAUUCAAAGAUAACAUUUGCAACUGGACCUUUUGUAUCAUAUUUUCCUAACAGUCUCCUUGCUCAGCAUACAAUAGCCGUAACAAAAAAUCUCGACUUUUUUCGCGGUGUUUUUUUAGUUUGUAAGUAAUUUACACCAAAUAUAAAUAUUCAGGGAACCUAUGCAAUGCAACAAUGAACGAUUUCGCGCGCUGCAACGUUUUUAAUAUAAGUGUGUGUUUUUUGUGUAUAUUUAGUCACUCUAAAGUGUGAUUUACUAAAAAAUAAGAUGUAGAUCUGCCAAUUGUGUAAAACAAAAUGUGUACAGAUAUCACUGCCUUGUUAGUUUAGGUUUAGUAUUUUUAGUUUUAUAAGACUGGCUUUCGUUUCAUGAUUCAGGCAGUUAAUCAAGAGGUCUUUUUUUAAUGCUACUUGAUUAAUUAUUACUGUUUAAUUAAACUGCUUCUUUAAUAAUCUGUCAAUGAUCCUAAUCGAUCUUUAUGUGCUGUGAUAAUAUUUCAAAAGGUUUUCUUCGUAUUAUUUUCGCAAUAAACAGUAUUUUAAAUCAACUAGCACAUGUAACUUGUUCAAACCUAGUAGUAGUAAGUUUGUGUACAGAUUCAAUAAUAAGUUAGCAAAAAAUGUUGAACAGGUUAAAUGGAAUUAUGUUACUAAAAAAAUCAAAAAAUAUUAAAGCCUAGUAGCCUUAGUUUACGUCAGACUUAAAAUAAGAUAGGAUAAUUUAUUUUAUACAUAUACUUGACAUUGAUAAACUGCCAUGAAAAAAGGCGCCAAAAAACCCGCAAGUUUAUUUUGGUGACCAAUCAGUUUAAGGAAAGACUGCAAAAGUUUAAUAUUCAAUAAUUUAUUAAACAUAAAGAAUACUUUUUUAUGUUAAACUUUCUAAAAUAGUUUUUAAUACAACUUAUCUCAAAAUAUAAAACAAAUAUACUGGUACCGGCACCAAAAUUUAAAAAAAAUGUUUACAAAUUAGCAAACAAAAAUAUUCAUUGAUUAUUUUUUAUAAAAAAGUAUAUUUUCCAAAAUUUUAUGUUCAUUAAAUUACUGAAUUUAAACAUGACUUACGAGUAAACCUAAACUUGCAGCUCUAUAGAAUUCAUUAAAUGUGAAAAACUUGAAUUUGUAAACAACAAAAAAUUGUAGUUAUUGUAGUGAAUUAAUUAAUGUGUGGAUUAUCAGUGUGCAAUGAGAUAUAGAGACUGUAUUAUAAAAAAACACGUUUAUAUUUGAGUAUAUUAACAACUGUCUUAUUAAUAAGUAGUUCAUUUCUUUUGACAAGCUAAAACAUAUUUAAAUAUGUUUCUUUUACAAUUUUUUUAUUAAAUUGCAAAUUAUGACAAUAGAAUUUAGAAUUUAUGACUCUAGUCCACACUUUAAAGUUUUACAGUGAGUGUUAAGAAGUGUUUUUAAAUGUGUUUUAGUUUUUAUGUGCGUUUUUAGUAAAUUUUUAGAUUAGUAGACAAUUUUUGCAAUAUAAAUUGAUGCAUUUUUGUAUAUUUUGGCUGUAAAAUGCCUCUUUUAGAUAAUUAUUAAACCUCACUAUUUUUUUACUCAACGACUGUGUCAUUAUUUGCAUUGAUUACAAAAAAACAGUUUUGUUUUGCAAAUAUGAUAAUUUUGUGGUUUUGACCGACUAUUGUUGGUUAGUUAUUUGUAAAUAUUUGUAGUUUUAAUUAAGUAUAUAAUGUUUCUGCAACUAAAUUGAGAUCAAAAUUAUUGAGAGAGAGAAUGUAACAUAUAAAUGUUUCCAAACUAUGUAUAAUAUUAAGUAAAUAGUAAAAGAAAAAAUGUAAAAAAUAAUAACGGAACGUUUAAAUGUUAUGCGCAACUAACUUGUGGUCCAUUAGUAAGAAUCUGUAAUUAUAUUCCAUUUUUUUCCAGAGAUCUCAGUAACUGCAUGUACAUAAUAAAAUGUAAUUCAUUUUUUGUAGUAAUGGUCAGUCUAUGUUUACUUUCUUAGUAUACUCUCAUAUAAAAAAAUAAACAACACAUAAG